AUGCCUCCAUUCCCCGGUCGAGUCGUCAAAUUCGGCCCAUUCAAUGUAACUUCACAAGUACGGCGAUGCAGCCCAUCGUAACGACAGCAAGGCAGUGACUGAAGGAGAACGGUAGGUCUUUCACACCACACCCCAUUCAUUCGCACUGGUGAACCUCAAACCUCUUCUACCGGGCCACAUCCUCGUCUCCCCAUUACGAAGCAAACCGCACCUCUCGGACCUCACCAAGGACGAAAUCAGCGACCUCUUCCUCACCGUAACACGCAUUCAAAAGACUCUCAAGCGCGUCUACAAAGCCGAUGCGUUCAACGUAGCGGUGCAAGAUGGGGAGGCAGCGGGUCAGAGCGUGCCACAUGUGCAUUGCCAUGUCAUUCCGAGGACGAAGGGAGAUCCCGGUGGAGACGACAAGAUUCAUGAGUGGUUGGAGGGAGAGGAGGGGGAUGUUGGGAGACAUCAACGGGAAGCCGAGAAGGAAGGAGAGGGGAAGAAGAGACAAGUAGGCGAGUGGACUAAGGAUGAGGAGAGGAAGCCUAGGAGCAUGGAAGAGAUGGAGAAGGAGGCACGUUGGUUGAGAGAGGAGAUGGCGAAGGAUGGAGAAGACUCGGUGAGCCUGUGA